AUGGCUUUAACGGACUCCAGUACCGAGGUGAGGCUCCCCGAGGGACAGCCAGAGGCCCCACCCGUGCGGAUGGAGCCCACGCCUCAGACUUCCUCCUUUGGAGGGCUACGGGAGCUGGCAUCUGGCAGCGAACAGCGCCUGGAGGGCCUCCAGACCCUUCGGCCUCCAGCCUCGCCCCGGCUGGCAAGUCCGACGUUCAGCCGUCACACGCAGACGGAUGCCGUCCGCGCUCCGCCGCAACUUCCGCCACCGGCGCCGCCACCCUGGCGGACGGCAACCUGGGAGGAGUGGCCGCAAAGCGAACCCGAACGCACGAGCUGGGGAGAGCGGCGUUUGCCAAUUGAGCUUGUAGGCCCUCCAAGCGGCUACACGGACCGCCGAGCACGCGUGGCCUAUGUGCUUUCCUGGAUUCGCUUCCAGCGAUGGGCUUCUUUGCCCUUUGACCGGCUGAUUCUGAAACUCGAAGGCAUGGGUAUCCAGCUUGGAAUGGAGGAGCAGGACCUGCUUCGGCACCUGAUGGCCUUCCCGGGCGACAUCUCGAGAGUUUGGCCAGGGUGA